GCCACCACUGAGUCUUGUCUCGCUCUGGCGUCAGAGCCAUCGUCGCUCGUUCCCUUCUCGGCGGUGGUACCUGCUCCCGGUGGCCCUGAGUACGUGUGGGCCAGGGGCGGCCCCGAAAGUAGGAAGCGGAGGGGGAGCAGGUCUGCGGGGCUAAGUGUUGCAGCGGAGCACCUCGCGUCAAGAAUCGGGAGGAGGAGGAGACGGCAAGGAUAGGCCCAGGAGUAAUGGAGUCCAAAGAGGAACUAGCGGCAAACAAUCUCAACGGGGAAAAUGCCCAACAAGAAAACGAAGGAGGGGAGCAGGCCCCCACGAAGAAUGAAGAAGAAUCCCGCCAUUUGGGAGGGGGUGAAGGCCAGAAGCCUGGAGGAAAUAUCAGGCGGGGGCGAGUUAGGCGACUUGUCCCUAAUUUUCGAUGGGCCAUACCUAAUAGGCAUAUUGAGCACAAUGAAGCCAGAGAUGAUGUAGAAAGAUUUGUAGGGCAGAUGAUGGAAAUCAAGAGAAAGACUAGGGAACAGCAGAUGAGGCACUAUAUGCGCUUCCAAACUCCUGAACCUGACAACCAUUAUGACUUUUGCCUCAUACCUUGAAUCCUAAAAGUUUUUGCUGAGGUUAAUGUGAACACUGCUUUACAAGCUUGUAUUUUUGUGAUUUACUUUUUCUGUAAGCCUUUUGGUGUUUCCACUUACCAGUUUCUAAUGGAAAUUAGAAUUCUAAUUGAAUAUUGUUUUGUCUCAGCCUAAAAGUUACGGUCAGCAUGGCAAUUCACCUAUUUUAGGAAAAAUGCUCUUUUCAUAAUAUGAAAUGCAUAAAGCAAUUCAAAAAGCAGUCUGUAUUCCAUCAUCUUCCUCUUUCAUUCCAGUCCUUAUUUUUUGUAAAUAUUACUUUUCCUCCUCCGGCUACCUGGACUCAAACUCUUAGUUGUCUUUGACAAUUUGUUUCUUGUCCCUGACCAAAAAAGAAUUCAAUGUUUGAUAUUUUAAGAAUGUAUGUUCUAGUGGUUUUCAGAGUGAGUCUACCAUCUGUAUAAAAACACCUUGGGGGCAGGGGCAUUUAAAAAUGUGGGACCUAUUGUCCAGACUCACAGAGUGGGGCUCCAGAAUCUCCAUUUUUAACAAACUCUCUUAAGUAAUUCUGAUGUGUACCAAAAUCAGUGCCAUUGGUGUGUGUGUAUGUAACUAUAUAGAUGUGUGUGUGUGUGUGUAUAAUGUGUCAUAACCGUAAACAAUAAAGAAACAAUAUCAAGAUGAAUCUGACUUUGAUGGGCAAGUAAUUAAAAAAGAAAAGUGUGAGACCUUAAAA